AUGUCCGGCUGGGGCUUUAGCAGCCUUUUUGGCGGCAGCGCCGCCGCAAAGAAGGAUGCGCCCAAGAACGCCAUAUUGCGCCUACGAAGUACUCUCGAAAUGCUGUCAAAGCGGGAGAAGCACCUCCAAAACCAGAUGGACGAACAGGAUGUGAUUGCGCGGAAGAAUGUGAGCAGUAAUAAGGGAGUGGCCAAGGCAGCCUUACGGAGGAAAAAGGCAUUUGAACAUCAGCUCGAGCAGACGAGUGCGCAAAUGAUGACCGUAGAGCGGGAGAUAUCCUCCAUCGAGACAGCAAACAUCAACAAGGAGACGUUGGAUGCGAUGAAGGGCGCUCAGCAGGCAAUGAAGAAGAUCCAUGGCGAUCUCUCUAUCGAGAAGGUGGAUCAGACCAUGGAGGAUCUGAGGGAACAGCACGCAAUCGGGGAGGAGAUUGCGGAUGCGCUCACACAAGGCAACUCGAUGCAAGGCGUGGACGAGGACGAGCUGGAAGACGAGCUGGCAGAACUACAGCAGGAGGAGCUGGACAACAAGAUGUUGCACACGGGAACAGUACCUGUUUCGGACCAAAUGCCAAGUUUACCAAACAGGCCGUUGGGAGAGCCCAAAGGGAAGCAAUCAGUGGAGGACGACGAGGAGGAGGAACUACGGAAACUCCAGGCCGAGAUGGCCAUGUGA